GUUGUGAGGAGAGCUGCUGCUGCUGGCAUGAGGUGCUCAUGGUAAGGGGGGAAAACACAUUCCAUGGCUGCCUUACACACACACACACACACACUACUCGUCCCCGUCCCUCUCUUUCUGAGAAGCUUUGGGGUUAGUUACUGCAGUACUGCUGAGCUUCAGAGCUGAAGGGGAGGGGUGGUUCUCCCUCUCUCUCUCUGAACCUCGUCAGUCUGAGUAGAACACUGAUAGUAUCGGACACAGCGGGGACAACUCUCCCACCACAUUAACUGUGCAGCAGCGUGUCUGUUCGUGUGUGUGUGUUCGUGUGUGGUAGCGCUAAAGGGAGAGGGCUAAGUGUGUUCCAGGAAAAAGGAGGAGCAGCACCAUUCUGGCUGUGUUUUCUCUCAGUGUACAGAGGGGCUGGAUGUCUGGAGGUUUUCAGAGGAGGAGCUCUGAAGAGUAUGGACUCCACUCCAGUGACUGAACUAAAGGGUCAGUUGAAGGGGCCUUAGAAUGGGACCACUCCUCACUUCCUCACUUGUCCAAAAGUGCACUUCAAUAUCUACCUCUCAGUGACUCCUAGGCCUAUAGGGACUGCUGACUACUUAUCACUGGUAUUGCGCUGAUCUGUGUCAGCUUUAAUCAAUGAAACACCUUGCUCAGUAGACGUCUGCCUACAUAGGUAAACAGUUGUAAGCAUGGAGUUCUCCGUGGUUUGACUUUGUUUUGAGGUCUUUAGCAGUUAGCGACAUCAGCUUUCCCCACGCACUCCCGAAGACCAGAGAUGAGUGUGUCUCAGCCCGGGGAACGCGUCCCCGUCGGGGGCAUGAAUGGCUCCGGAAUGAGGCUCCCCCUCCUCUGCACCGGCGACAAAAAUGGCAAUGCUUUCCCUGUCUCCUCUUCAUCCUCCUCUUCCUCCCCAGACUCCCUGCAGAGUCUGAGCAGCCUGGACGUCGACAUGGAAUGCGUUAUGUCGACCCAAAUCAAAAUGGCCGCUGUCUCACCCGCUGCGGAACUGCCUCAGACUGAGUUCUCUGAAUCCAACGACAACUCGGUGUCCGUCUACCUGGACGCUGAUGAGGACUCCUGGAACGACAACCUGACCCUCGCUAUGAGCAUUGCUGGGAUACGGGAGCAUAGAAACGGUAGCCAAGGCGAUCUCCAUGACAACGUUAACAGUGUGGCGAGCAACAGCAGUGGGAGAAGGGACUCUUCCCCGGACUCGGGGGCCACGGAGAUCCCAGGUGACGAGGAUGAUGAGGAAGGGUUUUUCCUGUCGGUGAGCUCGGACAUGGGGAUGAGGAGAAUCAGCCUGAUCGACUCGGAGCGGCUCCCCAGCAGCGGGGUGUCCAUCCUGGAGGACUCGGACACGGCCUCCCCCUCCACCACGGCUCCCAUCCAGGCUCCACUCUCCGCCCCAUUGCCUGACCUCUGUAAGGGCCUUGAGGGGAGGAAGAGUCCUCAUGCUGGGUCCAUCACCAUGGAACUCCAGAACCUCCAGACCGGGGCUAGCAGCUCACCGGGUCUGCCCGAUAGAGAGGCACUUCAGCUGGGGGUGGAUUUGCCCGAGGAGGCCUGCACUCUGGAUUUUCUCCCCAUGGUGGAGGCAGCGGACACCGAGCCUAUUGUGGCACUAGAGGUUCUUCUCAGUGAGACUAUAGUGUCUCCAGAUUCUGAAGGCUUCACUGUAGUCUCCCAGACCUCCACCUCAGUACAAGUCUCCAAGGGUGUGGAUUUGGCAGUGUCCCCCUUUACCGUUCCCCAGUCUCCAAACAAAGGGUCCAAAGGUGCGAGCCCCGCCUUCCGCAAGACCAAGGAACACCCGUGUGCAACUCGGGUCAAACCGAACGCCGCCAUCGCCAAGACAGCGGUCACCACGACAUCCAAACCUGGUAGGACCGACGUCAAGAGGUUCCCCAAACCCGACCUGAAGAACGUCAAGUCUAAGGUCAUGUCCAGGCCCGCCUCUACAACCAGAACAGCCAAUCAGACGCAAGGAAAAACUGCUCCGGCCAAUGAAAAGAAAGCCCCAGACGGAGUCAAAAGGCAAAGGUCGUCUUUGGGUCAAACUAAAGUAGCUUCGCUGAAGCCGAGCCCCAAACCCAGACCCAAUCAAAACACAGAGCCCAGAGUCUCUAACCAAUCUGAGAAGAGGAGGAAGGGCACUUUAGUCAAUGGCAUUUGCUCCACCUCCAGCAGCUCUCUGGGUUCAGAGUUGGCUGUGGAUGGGCACCGUUGGACGCCUGGGGAGGGUCUCCUAAAUGGAGAAGAGGGUACUACAGGAGUGUGCACUACAGGAGUGUGUACUACAGGAGUGUGUACUACAGGAGUGUGCACUACAGGAGUGUGCACUACAGGAGUGUGCACUACAGGAGUGUGCACUACAGAUGACACUACAGAGGGAGCAGGGGGUGAGACACCUGUAGAACAAAGGAGAAGAAAUGGCACAAAGGUCUCCUCCAAGCUGGGGCCCUCAUCGGUCAGACAGCUGCCCCAGGUCAAGGGCAGGGGGGCCGGGGGAGCGAGCAACACCGGGGGACCCUCCCUGUUUCCCACCUCUCCAGCUCCAGUAGGAGGGAGUUUUGGCUCCAGGCUGCCCCCUCCCGCUCCUCCUACGACGGGGAAGGACGGCCAGACCACUGGGAGUGUGUCUCCACCGAGAGGACGACCAAGUCAGACAGCUGGUAUCCCCAAGCCACGUGUCACAGACAGACCCUCUGGAUUGCCUGGGCCUACUGUGGUGACCUCUAACCCAAAGCCAUCCGUCAACCAGGGGUUAGGUGCUGCUCGCCCUUCGGCUGCUGCCGCCGCCGUGUCCAAACUGCCCGUGAAGAACCUACCCACAAGCCUUAGCUCCUCUUCUCUGGGCAGCGCCGCCAGCGAGAGUAACGGAUCUUCAGCAGCCCUCAGCAAACUCCCAGCUCCAGUGGUGGGGGGCUGUAAGCCAGAUGAGAGGCCCAGCCAGCCUACAGCUCCAGUGGGAACCCAGGGGUCGAUUAAGGCCCCCACCACUACCAGGCCACUGGGGUUCCGAACCAGAGCCCCCUCACUACCAGGGAGAAGCACUGCAACAGGGCUGAAGACUCCAGCGGUGACCAGCCAGGUAGCAGGCAAGCAGGCCCAGAACCCCCUUCAGAGGGCCGGCUCGGCCAGAUUCAACCGCCCCGCAGCUGCUGCCACAGUGGACAAGAACAAGGCUCGGGGGGCGCCAUUGGCGAGGACCCUCUCCCAGACCAGCACCACUACUCAGGUAGGAGGACCCAGCCAACCCCAGCCGCCCCAACCAGACCUGGUCCCAGUCCCUGCCGUCCCUCUCCCAGUCCAGGGACCAGUGGUCUCGGCAUCCCGCCCGGCCCGGGCUCUAGUGGAGGCUAAGCCAGCUACGGAGGCCCAGUACCGUGCCCAGUGUGAGAAGAAGAACCAGAGCCUUCAGCAGCUCCGACGGCUCCUGGACCAGGGCAACCGUCGGAUAGAGGCCCUGGCUACCGUGGUGCAGCACCUCUUCACCGAGCGUGAAGAGACAUUGAAGCUGAAGAAAGGACUGUCCCUGGAGCUUUCUACCCUGCGCGAUGAGCUCAUCUCCUCGUCCCAGUGCUGUGAGCGGCUGCAGAAGGAGAAGGAGGAGGUGCGGGUGUCUCUGGAGGAGGCGGUGCGAAGGGUCCAGAGGGAUCACCAGGCUGAGCUGACCGGCCUGGAGGAGAGGCUCAAGGCCUUCUACCAGGCAGAGUGGGACAAGGUGCACCAGGCCUAUCAGGAGGAGGCGGACAAAUGCCGCGCCCUCAUGGAGCAGCAGCUGGAGGAGAUGAGGAGCAGACAGGAGACUCUGAGGAGAAACUCUGAGGCCAGCCACGCUCAGCAGAUGGACACGCUCAGACUGACCUACGACACCGCUGUCCAAGAGCUCAGGAAAACCCUGGAACAGGACUUGGAGAACCUGGACAAAACACUAAAGGAAACGGAGGCCACUCUCACUGAGAAAAUCCAGGACCUCACAUUGGAGAACGAGGCGCUGAGCGAGAAGCUGCGAGCGGAGGAAGAGAGGAGGAGGAUUCUGGCAGAGAAUAACCAGAAGGACUCCCAUGUGUUGUAUCUGGGACAGGAGCUGGAGAGUCUUAAGGUGGUUCUGGAGAUAAAGACCAAACAGCUUCAUCAACAGGACAAGAAACUCAUGCAGAUGGACAGGCUGAUGGAGAGCAACGUGAAGCUGGAGGAGCGUCUGAACAAAGUCCAGCAGGAGAACGAAGACUACAGGGCCCGCAUGGACAAACACACCGCACUCUCCAAGCAGUUGUCCAGUGAGCAGGCCAUGCUGCAGCAGACCCUGCAGAAGGAGUCCAAGGUCAACAAGCGUCUCUCCAUGGAGAAUGAGGAGCUGCUGUGGAAGCUGCACAACGGAGACCUGGCCAGCCCCCGCCGCCUCUCACCCUCCUCGCCCUUCCACUCGCCCGGCAACUCGGCUUCCUUCCCCACCGCCGCAGCCCCACUCUCGCCCAGCAGAUAACCCAAACUGGAUACCAAGGGGAGAGAGAGAAAGAGAGUGUGUGAGUGUUUGUGUGGAUACCCCCUCCAACACACCCUAGAGACAACCCCCCUCUACAGUCCCUUACCUCCUACCCCCCAGAUCACCAACCCCAGCCUCUCAAGGAGACAAAGCUGUUCCAAAUACGGAUGGACUACUUCAUAUGAUGACGCUGCCGUUUUGGCUUCUGCCCACAAUGACUUGUACAGACGUUUUCUUUGCUCCCAGAAAGAGAAGACAAUGUUGCACAGAUGCACUUACUUAAAAGCGUGGGACAAUUCUGCCUUCGUUCUUUUCUGCCUGAUUUCUCUCACUUUUUUUCCCCCUCAGCAGAGAGAAAGACCAGGCAACUUAAACCUCAGGGUUUGUACAUAGCUUCUCAGCUCGUUUUCAUUCUCCUUCUUUUAUUUGUGCAUCGUGUUCCCCGCUCCCCGAAUAAAGUUUGUGCGAAAAACCUUGGAGCCAGAGACGGAAGUGGAAGUGAGACAUCGCAUUCCCUUUUUUCUGGUUCAUAUACAGUCAAUGAAAAAAAAAAUCUAUGGUAAAUGGCCUGAGUGGGGCAUCUUCAUUUAUCCGCCAUCUUUGGUAUAGACUUUUAGGGUGACUUAUUGAAGAGCAGAGCUUUAUCCAACAAGCUUUUGACCUGUUGUAUAAACAGUCUCUAUCUGGGCGCGGAUAUUCAGUUAAAGUGAACUUUAAUCCCAACCCUUCAUCUCUCUACCGUAAUAAAAGUGUGGAAUGUAUUUACCCAUCUGUGCUUUAUCGCUCAGAAUGUUCCCAGUCCAAAACUCCACAACUUUGUGUCGAGCCAAUGUUCUCUCAAACCUCUCCACGUCUCCAAGAAUGCCUCAAACUGACCAUCAUUUUGUUUCAUUUUAAAAGGUAAAUAAACAAACGAUAAAAAUAAAAAAA